AUGAUCUGUCAUGAGAAGCUUGCUCAGAGAACUCUUAACGAAGAAUCGUUAGAAGCUCUAGAAAAUCCUGGAAGACUCAAGAAAGCACCGGGAAGUCCAAAAGAAAAUUCUACUUUAUAUGGCAAGUUUGACUGCGAAAAUAACCAAAAUAUUUUUGGAACUUCAGAAUCGGAAGGAGGAGAAAAUGAUCCGACAAAAAAUAAAUCAGCUGAAUCUGUCGAUGGAGGCUCUGAACAAACAAAUGAGCCGGCAAAUUCAAACUCAAAACGAGCUUAUAAGGAGUCCGAAUCAUCCGAAAAAUCGACUAAUAAGACAUCAAGCUCUUCCACAAAAGCAACUGAGGUAUCAAAUAACCAACAACAGUCGACACAAUCAUCUGGCUCUGGGAUUCCGAAUUCUGCACCAGGGCAAACACAUGAAACUCCGAAGCCUCCAGAAAAAACUAGAAAUAACGAUUUCAAAUCAAUGAAAAAUCCAAGCGUGAAUCUGGUUCAUAAGUCAUCUUCGCUCCCGAAUCUAACACCAAAAGAUCAGACUGAUUUGAAAAAAGGCGCAUCCAUUACAAAAAACUCUUCUUCAUCCAACUCUCUGGAAAGUGAUGUUAAGCAAAAAAGCAUCAGUGGAACGCCUCCUCUCAACUACGACAUUGGAACACCCCAGUCGUUCCAUUCAACUUCGAGCAUGGGAAGUAACCCAGCGUCACCGGAACAUCUUGAAGCUCCACCAUCUAUUCAAACACUUCAAACUUCAGGGAGCAGGGACUCAGCACCAUUAGAUGAAACGAAGGAAAAGAAAAAAUCUGUUGAUUUGUCUUUAGAAAAAACUUAUGAAUUAGUCGAUCAAGAAAAAAUAACUCCAAGUCUCAAAUUACAAUCCAACAGAGAAGACAGACAACCGAAAAAAAACAGAAAACUGCUCAAUAUCGUCCUGCAACAAGCAACUGAUGCGUACCGUUUAGCCUGUGAAACGUAUUCUGAGGAAGGUCGAGCACGUUUCGAGAAGCUAACUAUCGUUCUCCAUCACAAUGAGAACGCUAACAUCAACUUUGUGCCGUAA